AUGGAGCUGGUGUAUAUUUGCCGGCUCCUUGCGAACGAAGCGGUGACGUCCUAUGCUUGCCGAGAGGAGGCGCUCUUAACCAUGGUGGCGAAUAAUCGCCGUGUGAACGUGUACUUAACGGUGCUGGCGAGUAUUCGCCGAGUCGCGAUGCACUUAAGUGAGCCGGUGAAUACUCACAGAGUAGAGGCGCACCGACGGGUAUAA